GUAUGUGAUGCCUCACAGUCUUAAUUAACUCCUAGGCCCCUAGCUAGCUAGCUGCUUCUGUUGUCAGCAUGAAUAUGAUUUUUCUUUCAGGAACGCAUCUAAUUCCUGUUUCAAUCUUCAUACAAAACCUACUAUUUACUCUAGAAACUUGAACUAAUUCUUCAGGCCCCGAAAAUUUAAAAAAAAAAAUUACUACUCAAAAUGGCAGCAUUUCAGAAGAUUAGGAUCAGGAGCUACGACGGGAAGAUGGACAAAGAUGGGGUAGACGAUCUUUUAACAAGAUGUGAGGUAGGCCCAAUGGAGAAGUUUUUCCUCUUCACAGAUAAUCUUGGCGACCCCAUCUCCAGAAUCCGCAAUAGUCCCGUCUACGACAUGCUGUUGGCUGAGUUAAAUGAUGAGAUAGUUGGGGUGAUUCAAGGCACCAUAAAACUGGUGACAAUUCACAAAUCUCCAAAGGAACAUUUGGCCAAAGUGGGAUAUAUCUUGGGGCUCAGGGUUUCUCCACUUCACAGAAGAAAAGGGAUAGCUUUAAGUUUAGUAAACCAAAUGGAGAAAUGGUUCAAAACUCACCAGGUUGAUUACUCUUACAUGGCCACAGAGAAAGACAAUGAAGCCUGCACCAAUCUCUUCAUUAACAAGUUAGGUUACACCAAAUUCAGAACACCUUCAAUCCUCGUAAACCCCGUAAACAACAACAAAAAUCUCUCCCGGCUUAGAUUAUCCUCCAAGGUUGGAAUACUCAAGUUAAACAUUCAGCAAGCCGAGUUUCUGUACAGGAAGUUCGUGAGCUCCACCGAGUUUUUCCCACAUGAUAUAAACCGAAUCUUGAGUAACAAGUUGAGUUUAGGCACUUGGUUGGCUUAUUUUCGAGCGGAUCGAGAUCAACUAGUUCUGGAAAAAGAUGUAGUCAAAGAAGUGCCCAAGAGUAAUUGGGCAAUGCUUAGUGUAUGGAAAAGUUCGGAGGUUUUCAAAUUGAGAGUUGGUAACCCAACCUUAACUUGCAUGUUGUAUUCCAAGAUCUCAUCAUUAAUAUUCCCGUGUUUUAGUUCAUCCAUUGUGCCUGAUCUUGAGAACCCUUUCGGGUUUCUUUUCAUGUAUGGGAUAUACAACGAAGGUCCAAAAUCAGGGAAGCUGAUUCGGGCACUAUGCAAAAUGGUACACAAUUUGGCAAAGGAAACGGAUGAUUGUAUUAAGGCUGUUGUCACGGAAGUUGGAGGUCGGGAUAAGAUAAUGCUGAGAAAUCACAUCCCGCAUUGGAAAUUACUUUCCAGCCCUGAGGAUUUGUGGUGCAUAAAAGCCUUAAAAUACGAAGAAAAAUCACUACAACAACAUCAACACCUGGAUACUGAUCGGUUGAUGAAGAAAGCCCCACCAGAAACGGCAGAUGCCAUUUUUGUAGACCCAAGAGAGGUUUGAUGUAAAUGAAACUUUUAUGAACCUAAACGAAAGAAGAAAAGAAGGCAAAAAAAGAAAGACUAGCGCAAUUCGUUUUUCUGUUGUAACUAUCAAAUUGAUGAUGAAAUGUAGCUUUUGGGAUUUUUCCAUAAAUGGGUUCCUUUUUACUGGGGUUUUCUGGUGCAGCUAUUGCUAGCCCUCGUGUAGUUGGGGGACUAAUCAUGUAGUCACUAGUUCGAGUUGUCACUAUCCAUUCUUUCGUCUUCUUUCGCUAAUUUUUCCAUCUAUCAGGGUAAAUUCAC